AAAACGUUUUGCGUCGCUGUUUUUUUAAACCGCCAUCGUUUCCAGCUUCACACUUCUCCUCGCCUGCGUGUUAGUUUUAUCGUCAGUUCUGAUUUAGUUGCUGUCGUGCUCCUGACUUUCACUGAACAUCGGAAUCAAUCGAGAUGGAGAAACCAGAGACCACAUCGGAGCUCCAGUCCAGACUGUCGUCCCUGUCAGUUUCCUCUUUCUCCGGCAUCGAGUCCAAAAACUGUGACUCCAACCCGCUGGACAGACUUCAAAGCACAGAUCUUUCUCAGCCCGUAAUACACCCCGACAACCAGAGCCAAAUGGAUGACAACAGCAAUACCAAAGGAUUACAGCAACCCGUCAAGGAUGAGCCAGCAGCAACAGGAGAAUCUGUAGAAAGCAGCACAGCUGAAAAAUCUUCUGACCCUAGAGAGAUAAAAGCCUUACCACCUUUGCAGCCAGCCAAUACAUGGACCUCUGUGUCUCUGAAAGAGCUGAAGGAUAAGCUGCGUCAAGAGAAGGACAGUGUGGUCACUAUUUACCGUGGAGACAUUAUGACUGUCCAUGUACCUACUAUCCCUGAGGCCAAGCAGGUGUGCUGGGAGUUUGCUACAGAUGGCUACGAUAUCGGGUUUGGGGUUUACUUUGACUGGUCACCUGUUACCACCCGAGCCAUAACGGUGCACAUCAGUGAAUCCAGUGAUGAUGAGGAUGAAGAUGAUGAGCUUGAAGCUGGACCUGUGGUUCCUGGAGACGUGGAGAAAGGGUCUAAAACGGCAGCCAACCCUAAUUUGGGAGAGAUCCUUCCUAUGUACCGUCAGGACAGUCACCUGACUGUUCAUGGGGGUAGUCACAGUUUCCCAGGAGAAGGCACAUACCUCAUAAAGUUCGACAACUCCUACUCCUUAUGGCGGAAUAAGACUCUAUACUACAGAGUGUACUACAGUGCCUGAGGAACCAAGUGCAUACCUGCAGAUGAAUGUUUUGAUAAUAUAUAUUUUUGGUCAACAUAUAUAAAUAUAUGUAUAUAUAUUUACAACAUUGAGAUAUAUACAUAUACCAUUCCCGCUAUAUUCAUACACUGAUUUUUAUUUUGAGGCAAAUUUUAUUGUAUAGAUGCUAACCCAAACUCAGCUACUCAGAUUUGUCCUUAUCUAUAUGAAAGGUUUUUAAACUUGAGUAGAAUCAUAUAGCUUCUAUGUGCAGAUGUGUUGUGUAUUUUUCAAAUGUGUGAAGAAUUUGUGAAGUACCCAUAUACAUGUUUUGUAUUUAUAUUGUCUCGUCACACCACAACACUUAACUGUGGCCUCAGUAAUCAGGUAAUACAAUGGUUCAGGGAAAGAUGCUUAAGCAAAUUAAUGAAUUGUUCAGUACUAUAUGGUGAAUAAAGAUGGAAAUCAUGAAAGCGUGGAUGUGUGAUGUGGCACUGGCCACUACUGACUCAGGUGAUGAUUACUAAAGGAUAUUUAUGUUCUGAUCACAGUCAAAACACAGCCAGUGCCGAUCCUGCGUUGAUUUAUCUGAGAUGUAUUUACAUGUUUUAUUGUUGUAGCCUCCAAGUACAUUUUCUGUACACUAAACUCCAUCUCAUUCAAAUUUUAAUCGGGUUGCUGUGAUUCAAAUGCAAACCCUCAGAGUUACACAUUCAGACUUUCACUAUUUUUUUUUUUUUUUUUUUUUUUUUUUUUUAAACUGCAGAUGCAGCAUCCAUUAACUCAGUCACCAGGGGUACUGGCCACAGUUUGCCUUUUUAUGACUUAAGUGCAAAUGAUUUCCUGUCACAAAAAGCCUAGAUGCAAUAUAACUAAUUCAAUAUUUACAUGGCCCACCAGGUACCUUUUCAGUGGAGGGGGGUGUUGGGGUGGUUUGCCACCUGUUUGCUUUCUGAAUUGGUAGGUGAUAGUAAAGGUUGACAUGCUAUUAAACUAGUAUAGAAACAUUAUAUGUGCUGCUUUCUCUAUGUCUGUUAAAUGAACAAUGAAAAGCUCUGUGUUGACAAUCAUAGUGUUGUAUUUUUUCUGUUUAUUUUUGAACUACUUGUCAAUGAGUACCAAAACAUAUGUGUGGUCUUGGGAGAUAAUUGCUAUAAUGUGGGUAAUUCAGCAGCUCAAGGGCGUGUUCUGUUCAUACACCUGCACUCAGUGUAUUCACAUAUGGUGUUUUUUUUUGUUUGUUUGUUUUUUACUUUUAACAUUCUGUUUAUUUGCAUGUUUCCAAAGGGACCUUUCAAUUGUGCUGCUCAAAUACACAAUACUGAUGGCUGUUGUGCUUUUUUUGUCUACUAUCUUAUUGUUUGUGAUGUAUUAAUAUAUUAUUGGUCUUCUGCUUUUACUCUACUGCUUCUGCUUUUUAUUCAAUAAAUAUUUGUACGUGGUAGGCUCA